AUGCUGUUUCUCUCCCUUCUUCCCGGCUUGCUAGCCGUUUGUGCUGCUUCACCCCUCGCAAGUCCUGCUGUCGUUCAUGAGAGUCGAGCUUCGUUGCCGAACGGAUGGACUAAACGGGAGGCGCUCGACAGAAGAGCCGUACUUCCUAUGCGUAUUGCGUUGACUCAAAGCAAUCUGCACAAAGGAGAGGACUGGUUGAUGGAAGUCUCUCAUCCUGAAUCCGAGAAGUAUGGCAAUCAUUGGUCCACCGAUGACAUUGUCUCCGCAUUCGCGCCAAGCCAGCAUACUGUCGACUCGAUCAAGGCUUGGCUCAACUCCGAAGGCAUCGAAAGCCAGCGCAUUGAACAGUCCACCAGCUUGGGCUGGUUGACAUUCCACGCCACGGUCGAUGAAGCGGAGGCCCUGCUGAACGCCAAGUACCAUGUCUAUGACCACGAAGAAACCGGCACACAACACGUUGCCUGUGAUUCGUACAGCGUCCCAGCCGCACUUCAGAACAAGAUCGACUUCAUUACUCCCACGCUCCAUUUCGACGUCAAGCUCAAGGCGAAGAGGGACGACCAGGAACUAAGCUCCAGGGACACCACCAAGAAUACCAAUAUCAGACCUGGCAGCCCAAGCAGCGGCAAUCUUCCGAAGAAGAGAUUGACGCUAAUUUGUUCUCAGAUCACGCCAAAUUGCCUCCGCGCGCUCUACAAAUUCCCUCCAGGAAUCUCUGCGAAUCCUAAGAACAGCUAUGGUAUCGUCGAGUACACGCCACAGGCCUAUGUACCUUCGGAUCUGGACCUGUUCUUCAAGAACUUCAGCACCUCCCAGGUUGGGAACCGUCCCAUGCUUGACUCCAUCGACAACGGCGUGGUUCAACAAGACCAAAUGGGCUUCCAAUACAACGGCGAGAGCAACCUGGAUCUCGAGUAUGCAAUGGCACUUGUCUACCCUCAGAAGGUUACACUGUAUCAAGUAGGUGAUCUGGUCCAAGGAGCGAGCUUCAACAACUUCCUCGACGGAAUCGACAAAGCCUACUGUACUACCGAUGGAGGCGAUGAUCCAACUCAAGAUGGCAUCUACUCUUCUGACAACUGCGGCAAAUUCGCAGCCACGAAGGUCAUCAGCACUUCAUACGGAUACAAUGAGGCCGAUUUGACGCCGGCUUACGAACGGAGACAGUGCAACGAGUACAUGAAGCUCGGUCUUCAAGGUGUAUCCGUGCUUUACUCGAGCGGUGAUUACGGCGUUGCCGGCAAUGGAGGCCAAUGCAUCGCGGCGGACGGAUCUUAUCAGAACGGGACGCUUGGAGGCCGUUUCAACCCUGUCAUCUACUCCGGUGGCGGAUUCUCAAAUGUCUUCCCACUGCCAAACUAUCAAUCAGGAGCCGUCAGCGGCUGGUUCCAGAACCACAACCCUACUCAGUACACUGCUGCGCAAUACAACAACAGCAUGCAGACCCGUGGCUACCCUGACAUCAGUGCGAACGGCGCCAACUACGUCGUUGCGAUAGACGGAACAUGGUCUCUGGUUUACGGUACCUCAGCAUCCUCCCCGACCCUGGGCUCCAUCUUGACUCUGAUCAACGAGGCGAGAAUCGACCUUGGCAAGAGCUCGAUCGGCUUCAUCAAUCCGGUGGCCUACUCGAAUCCGAACCUUUUUAACGACAUCACCGAGGGUGGCAAUCAAGGCUGCAACACCCCGGGUUUCUCUGCGACUACUGGAUGGGAUCCUGUGACCGGGCUUGGAACUCCAAUCUUCCCUAAGAUGCUGUCGUACUUCCUUAAGUUGAAGUGA